AUGGGCAUUGUUGGCUAUUUCAGUCGACCGCGUGGCCAUCAGGUGCACGGCGGUGAUGGUACUAUCACCCCAGACGAGCCGAAAGUCAUUGAGCCUACAAUUAUCUCAAGUCCUGAGUCUUCUGGUACUGCUACACCUGCGCAUAUGCUCCCUUCUCCUGCUGGCAGUGAGGACCCUCUUAUCUUUGAAAAUAUCCCGCACCAAUUUGGCCGUCUCGGUUCUUGGAGAGGAUCCUUGAUUUUGCUUGUCACUUCCGGAUCUCAGUUCCUCGAUAAUGUUUUCAUGACAAGCGCCAACAUUGCUUUGUCGUCAAUCCAGCAAGAUUUCAAGGUUUCCAGCACCGAUCUGCAAUGGAUGAUUUCUGCAUAUACUUUAACAUUCGGUGGCUUCCUCUUGCUUGCUGGUGCUUUAUCUGACCGGUAUGGUCGAAAGAAAAUCCUCUGUCUAGGACUUUCUUGGCUAUCUAUUUGGACGCUGGCCAUUGGAUUCGGCCAGUCGUUCAUUCAACUAACAGUAUUCCGUGGAAUCCAAGGAAUCGGAGCAGCACUUACUGUCCCAUCCGCCAUUGGAAUUAUCAGCUCCUACUUUAGCGGUGUUGAUCGCACCCGUGCCCUGUCAAUCUAUGGAGCCUCUGGUACCCUGGGAUUCUGCACUGGUCUUAUCUUUGGUGGCUUCCUGACUUCUUCCUUGGGCUGGAGGUACAUUUUCUAUUUGAUCGUCAUCAUCACUGGCUCAUUGGGAAUUCUUGGUUUCAUUGUUUUACCCAGCGAUGUUCCAUCUCAAAAGAAGCAUGAAAGAAUGGACUAUAUUGGCGCAGUGAUGUCUACCGCAGGCUUAAUCCUGCUUCAAUUCGUGCUUUCCAGUGGUGGUACCUACGGCUGGGAUCAGCCAUUCAUCAUCGUGCUGUUGAUUGUCGCCGUCAGCCUUCUUGUCGGAUUCACCAUCCUCGAGAAAUAUAUCAGCAACCCUAUCAUGCCGCUUUCCUUAUGGAAAAUUCGCAAUUUUGCCGGUCUCUGGGUUAUUGGUUUCACUGGCUAUGGUACCUACCAGAAUGUCAUCUACUACCUCGUUUUAAUGGCGCAGGAAGUUGACAAGCUUUCCGCUGGCGACACAGCUCUGCGUUUCUUGCCCAUGGGAGCGAUCGGAUUUAUCGUUUCCUUAGGCACCGGUAAACUUCUGGAGUAUAUGAAUGGAAAGCACCUUCUCAUCGCUGGACUGGUUCUAGCAGUAGUCGCUCCCAUCUCAAGCUGUUUGACCUCGAGCCCUGAGACAGGCUUCUGGCUCAACGUUCUCCCCACAUCACUUAUCAGCAUCUCGUCUGUCUCGUUCAUUUUUGUUACGACUAGCACUGUGGUACUGACAAGUGUGCCCGUCGAAGUCAAGAGCUUGGCUGGUGGAAUGCUCAACACUGCAUUCCAAAUUGGCUCCGGUGUUGCAUUGGCUAUUUCAGCCGCCGUCACCGAUGCAGUUGAUAUACAGAAAGGACAUAGUCUCGCAGAGCAGUACGCUACCGGCCUCUGGUGCUCUGUCGGACUCGCUGGCUUUGGACUCAUCAUUGGGUUUAUUGCAGUUCGACAGAAGGGCAUUGGUCCAAAAGACAGACUUGGGGCCGGCCCGGUCGCUAUCUGA